AUGUCGAACACAGAAACUACCCGCGAACGUCGUCCUUCGACUAGUGCUCCUAUCUCGGAUUUGCAAGGUCCUGUUGGUCCGGGGUUCUCCAGACCAAAACACAAGCGUACCUUUACUGGUUUUGGUGCUGGUGAGAUCAAGAGCGUUGAAGCUUCCAUCCCUGAGCCUCAACGAGAGGCAUGGAAGAAGUUCCAAGCACAUGGCUUCAGGGACAAGGACGAGUUUGAGAGAGAUACCGUUCGUCAUGUCGAGACCACACUCGCUCGUAGCAUGUUCAAUUGCGACGAGACUGCCGCAUAUGCUGCCACCAGUUUGGCUUUCCGAGACAGAUUGAUUACACAAUGGAAUCGAACACAGCAGCGCCAGACGUUCUCUGACACAAAGCGUAUAUACUAUUUGAGUUUGGAGUUUUUGAUGGGUAGAGCUCUUGAUAAUGCUAUGUUGAAUGUGGGUGCAAAGGCCAUUGCCAAAGAUGGUCUCGCAGAUCUUGGUUUCCGCAUUGAAGAUAUCAUUGCUCAAGAGCAUGAUGCUGCGCUCGGGAACGGUGGUCUUGGUCGUCUGGCCGCCUGCUUUUUGGACUCAAUGGCUUCCCUGAACUUCCCAGCCUGGGGUUAUGGACUAAGAUACAGAUAUGGUAUCUUCAAACAAGAGAUUGUUGAUGGUUACCAAGUCGAGGUUCCAGAUUACUGGCUUGACUUUAACCCUUGGGAAUUCCCAAGACACGAUAUUGUCGUUGAUAUUCAAUUCUACGGAAAUGUGCGAAAGUACCAGAAUGACCAGGGCAAGAACGUUGUCACUUGGGAAGGUGGUGAGAUUGUUAAAGCUGUCGCAUACGAUGUGCCAAUUCCCGGAUUCGACACACCUUCGACCAACAACUUACGUCUCUGGUCGAGUAAAGCCGCAAGUGGAGAGUUCGAUUUCCAAAAGUUCAACAGUGGUGAUUAUGAGAGCUCUGUAGCUGAUCAACAACGCGCCGAGACUAUCAGUGCUGUUCUGUACCCCAAUGAUAAUCUUGAGCGUGGUAAGGAGCUUAGAUUGAAGCAACAAUACUUCUGGGUUGCGGCCUCUCUUUACGAUAUUGUUCGUCGAUUCAAGAAAUCAAAGCGUGCGUGGAGCGAAUUCCCGGAGCAAGUUGCUAUUCAACUUAACGACACCCAUCCAACACUUGCUAUUGUCGAGCUCCAGAGAAUUUUGAUCGAUUUGGAGGGUCUGGAGUGGGACGAGGCAUGGAAGAUUGUUACCAAGACAUUUGGCUACACCAACCAUACGGUUCUUCCCGAGGCUCUUGAGAAAUGGUCCGUCCCGUUGUUCCAGAAUCUCCUCCCAAGACAUCUCCAAAUCAUCUACGAGAUCAACUUGUUCUUUUUGCAAUUGGUUGAGAAGAAAUUCCCCAAGGAGCGAGAGAUUCUCGGUCGCGUGUCAAUUAUUGAGGAAUCGCAGCCAAAGAUGGUCCGCAUGGCAUACCUCGCAAUUGUCGGUUCUCACAAGGUCAAUGGUGUUGCUGAGCUUCAUUCGGAUUUGAUCAAGACCACCAUCUUCAAGGACUUCGUCCGUAUCUUUGGCCCUGACAAGUUCACUAAUGUCACCAAUGGUAUUACUCCAAGACGUUGGUUGCACCAAGCCAACCCAAGACUUUCUGAGCUUAUCGCCAGCAAGACUGGUGGUAUCGGCUUCCUGAAGGAUUUGACUCUUCUCAACGAGCUUGAGAACUUUGCCGAUGACAAGGAGUUCAAGAAGGAGUGGGCCGAAAUCAAGUAUGCCAACAAAGUCCGACUUGCAAAGCACAUUAAGACUACCACUGGAGUUACUGUCAAUCCAGCUGCGCUCUUCGACAUCCAAGUUAAGCGUAUUCACGAAUACAAGCGUCAACAAAUGAACAUCUUCGGUGUCAUCCACAGAUACUUGACAAUUAAGAAUAUGUCAGCUGAGGAACGCAAGAAGCUCGCACCAAGAGUUUCUAUCUUUGGUGGAAAGGCUGCUCCUGGUUAUUGGAUGGCAAAGACCAUUAUUCAUCUCGUCAACAGCGUCGGUUCCGUUGUCAACAAUGAUAAAGACGUUGGAGAUCUUUUGAAAGUCAUUUUCUUGGAGGACUACAAUGUUUCCAAGGCUGAGAUGAUUAUUCCUGCUAGUGAUAUCAGUGAACACAUUUCUACUGCUGGUACGGAAGCUAGUGGAACUUCAAACAUGAAGUUUGUCCUAAAUGGUGGUUUGAUCAUUGGUACAUGUGAUGGUGCUAACAUUGAAAUUACCCGUGAGAUUGGCGAGAGCAACAUCUUCCUCUUCGGUAACUUGGCCGAGGAUGUCGAGGAUCUUCGACACGCUCAUAACUACGGCGACCACUCUAUGGAUCCUGAUCUCGUCAAGGUCUUUGAAGCCAUCAAGUCGAACAUGUUCGGCGAUGCUGGAUCGUUCGGAGCUCUCGUUGGUGCUAUUGAGGACCAUGGUGAUUAUUACCUUGUGUCAGACGACUUCCACAGCUACAUCCAGACUCAAGAGUUGGUCGAUGAAGCAUACAAGAAUCAGGAUGAGUGGAUCAGCAAAUGUAUCCAGAGUGUUGCUCGUAUGGGUUUCUUCAGCAGUGAUCGUUGCAUUAACGAGUAUGCUGAGAGUAUCUGGAACAUUGAGCCUCUUCAACCAGAGUCCAAGAAUGGAUUGCCAAAGAGUGAGCUGUAA